AUGAAUUCUUAAAAUUUGUAAUUGGCUAGCUAGAUAAUUAGCAAAAGUUAUAUUGAUUUAUCUUCUUAAGCAUUAAAUACAAGAUAAAACUUAAUAAAAGUUCUGUUAUCUCAAAGAUGCUUACCUGAUGAUGGAUGGGACGAUUUAAGCAUUGAACACUUUUUAUAAGAGCUUGCUAUGAUGGAUACAAAUAACUUUCCAAAUAAAAUGGGAGUUGGAGAAAGAGAAGGUAGAGUAUUUAGCGAACUCGUUAAUAAAAGACACUAUUACAUGGCACAUGGUAUUGGUAGAAGUGGAGAUAUUAGCGCAGAAUAACCUAAAGCUGCAGGUUCUUCGCUUCUACUCAAGUUAACAGAGUAUUUAGUAAAAGAUACCUUAAAAAUAUGUGGAUAUUAAAGCAUAAAAAGUGUUUUGAUAGUCCCUUUAGCUACUGGAAUGGCCCUUAGUUUAGUCUUAAGCUCCUUAAGAGGUAAUAAUUUUAAGAAAAGGUAUGUCAUAUGGCCAAGGAUUGAUCAAAAAACGUGUUUAAAAUGCAUUUACACUAGUGGUUUAGAACCUUUGGUUAUUGAAAAUAUUUAAAAAGAAGAUAAACUUACUACAAACAUAGAAGAAAUAGAAAAAGUAAUUAAAGAGAAGUAAGAUGAAAUUUUAUGUGUACUAUCUACUACUUCUUGUUUUGCUCCAAGAAUACCUGACGAUAUAGAAAAAAUAGCUUAACUCUGUGCCAAAUAUAAUAUUGGACAUGUUGUUAACAAUGCAUAUGGAUUGCAAUGCACUAAAAUUGCUAAUAGUGUUAAUAUGGGAAUUAAAAAUGGUAGAGUGGAUUGCUUAAUUUCUUCCACUGACAAAAACCUAAUGGUACCAGUUGGUGGUGCUUUUAUAUAUUCACACAGUGAGAAGGUAAUACAAGAAAUAAAUCAAUUAUAUCCAGGAAGAGCAAGUGCUGGACCUAUUUUAGAUGUUUUUAUUACUCUGCUUUCUAUGGGGAAAAAAGGACUUAAAGAUUUGCUUUCUUAAAGAAAAGAAAAUUUAUAAUAUUUGAAGGAUUGUUUAUAAAAAUUUGCAGAACGUCACUCUGAAAGACUUUUAGAUAUUAAAGAAAAUACAAUUAGUUUAGCUUUAACCCUAACAACUAUGAAGGAACAAAUAAUCUUAGAAAAAGAACAAGAAAAUGAAAAAGAUAUUACUUCUCUAGGAGGUAUACUAUAUAGUAAAAGAGUAAUGGGAAGCAGAAUUUUGAGUAACUAGACUAAAAGUGUUUGUGGAAUUAAGUUUAAAAACUAUGGCUCUCACUCAGACUCCUUCACAUAUUUACCAUACAUGACUAUAGCUUGUGCAAUUGGUAUGGAAAAAAAAGAAAUUGAUCAAUUUUUAUUAAAAUUAGAAGAUUCUUUCUAAGAGCUUAAAAAAAAAAAGGUUGACAAAUAAUGA